GGCGCCACACCUCAACUUCAGCCGAACGUAUAAAAGUAGCGUUGAGUUCCAAAUGGAAAUGAAAAUAAUUUGUCAUCGCGGUUCCCGUUCGCGAACGACGCAAAUUUUGGUGAUUUCAAGUUGUUGUUUUGCACAGGACAGCUAGGAAAUGUACAAAGUUUUAAAACGCAUGUGCUGAGUUAUUGUUCUGCCACUUAGACCUUUUGUUCUUUCACCUCCUCAUUUCUGUCGCCGUCGUGCUUUGCUUAAGCUCCCUAACAAUAUUGUGGGACUUCGUCUCGGGGAUUAUUCGACGAUAUUCACCUCGCAUUCGGCGAAUAAUUGUUAAAUAUAUAUUUAUGUUAGUGCGCCCUACUUCCAGAGUCCCUCACCACUUGUUACCACCUUAUCACGUUUGAAAGUAACGCAAUCUUCCCUAAUCUCCAUUAGAAAAGCAUUCCUGUGCGACGAAAGUACAAUUCAGGCAAUUAUGGCCGUGGUAAAGAUUGUUGUUUGGUCAUGUUUGGUGGCUGUUCUCGGCUACUUUGCCUCCCAAGAGUUUGCAAUGGUCACCGAAAGCUUUUCAAUACAAAAGCUUAUACCUGCCGAGAGGAAGGAUGUUUUUGACUUGUUGAUCAAUCCAGAUUACCUCUUGAAGUUUCAUUCCUUGUGUGUUGGUAUUACCAAUGUAACCACAGUACAUGGAAGAGAUGGAACAAAAACUGUUCAGUAUGUUUUUCAUGAGGCACCAGUCAUUUCAUUAGGGUUCUUUGAAACCAGGCAAAUCAUCAUUUUUCCUGUGAAUUUGACCGUUGUAGAGGAAAAUGCAAUCAUUGAGAGCAGAGCCUCACUGAUGGGUGGUUAUUUCAAGAUAAAACAGAUGUGGAAGAUGGCUGAUUACACAAAUGGUAAUGAAAAAGAUGUAAUCACCUCAAUAGAAGAACACUUUGAGGGCACUUCCUUUCGUAUUUUGUUACGAUAUUCCAAGAAGGUAGCCUUUGGAGUACACAAUAACUUGGUUGAAAAUAUGAUACAGCAUUUCUUGAAGGAAAGUAAAAAAUCAAAUCAUGACAAGUAGCUAGUAACUAAGAGCAUUCUUUUAGAGUAAUCUCUGUUCAAUAAUAUUCCAUGGUUUGCCUGAACACUUUCAUAUUUCACUAGGUGUUACAUCAUAAGGAUUUUAUUAACCUUUUCCAUAGGUGGUAGUCUCCUCUCGCAGCCAUUCUUUGUCUCGGGAUCCCUGUGUUUGUGGGGAGGGAGACACAGGGAUCCCGAGACAAAGAAUAGCUGGGAGAGGAGACUAUACAUAGGUUGCUGCUGAUAGUGUGAUGUACGUGUAUGAUUAAAUCAAUUUUUGAUAAUUUGCUUUAAGCGCAUAAGGUCCUAGUGAGCAAACGGUCGCGAAAUUAAUCUGUAUUGCAAAGAAAAAGAUGUGCAACAUAGUUUUAUUAAUAAAGUUGUGUGUUUUACCAACUCGA